AUGUCAACAUCAUCUCGAAAAAAAUUACGGACACCAUCACCCACAUCUUCUGAAGACAGUAUGUCUGAUUUGGACAUAACUGAUGAUGAAUAUUUUAUGGAAGAGAUUGCCGAUACAGAUGAAGAAAAUAAUUCAUCGAGCAGUUCUGCUGAAAGUGCAGAGCAAGAAGAUUUCGAAGAUGUUGACUCGGAUGAUAUCCCAUUAUCUGCAAGAAUUGAUCAGUUGAAAAAAGUUUUAACUUUCAAUGAGAAUGUUGAAUUUGAACCACUAAUUCAUCCUUUCGCCGAUCCUUAUUCAGGAUUGAAAGUUGAGAGUGGACUAGAUGGUAAUAGCUCUUUUAUGGAUAUUUUCAAGGCAUUCGUGCCAGAAGAGUUUGUAGAGAUGUGCGCUGUUCAGAGUAAUUUGUACAAAGAGAAGAAGUUAGUGGAUCUAAGACAGGCUAAGAAACUGAAGAAAAAUUCAAGGCUAAAUAAAUGCAAUGAUAUCACUAUGGAUGAGAUAUACACUAUUCAAGCAAUGUUCAUACUCAUGGGGAUAACAAAAAAGCCAACAAUUGAAAUGUACUGGUCUAAAGAUCCUAUGAUUGAGACACCAUUUUUCUCAAAAUGUAUGCCUCUGAUAAACUCCAAAAGACCAGUGAUUGAUCACUUCAAUGAUCGCUUUCAAAAUAUUUACAGACCUGCUAAGAAUAUAUGUAUCGACGAGUCUCUUAUGAAAUGGCAAGGACGAUUGAGUUUCAAACAAUUCAAUAGAAACAAAAGAGCCAGAUUUGGAAUAAAGCUAUAUGAAACCUGUGACUCUAAGAAUGGAUAUGUCUAUAAUUUCAAAAUAUAUGUGGGAAAAGAAUCGAACGAUUCUAAUCAAAAAUCAGCACUCGGCGUCUCAGGAAAUGUAGUACUAGGUGACUUAGGAGGACAAGGCCGAACACUGUAUGUAGACAAUUGGUACAGUUCACCCUGGCUAUUCCAAAAACUGCAUAAUGAGAAAACGAAUGUUUGUGGAAUUGUACGAGCGAACCGCAAACAUCUUCCAAAAGUAGAUAAAAAGAAAUUUGAAAAAGGAGAGAUGAAAACUUUUAGUUCCUCGCUGAUGACGUAUGUGGUAUGGAAAGAUAAAAAAUUGGUGACUAUGCUCUCUACCAAGCAUUCUCCAGAAAUGAUUACAACUGAUAAAGUAGAUCAACGCACUAAAAUGCAUGUACAAAAACCAAAUCUUGUAUUGGACUAUAACAAUAACAUGGGUGGCGUUGACUUGUGUGAUCAGUGUAUUACACCGUAUGAUAUCAUGAGAAAAUCGAAGAAAUGGCAAUUAGCUAGAGAACUUCUUGAAAAUUACAGCUAUAAAGAUGUAACUGCUUGCGAAAGAAGAUACAGUAAAGUAAAUCCAGUAAGAUUCAUAGUUCCUCAUUAUCCAGCUAGGAUCGGGUCCGAUAAAUCUGUUAGAAAACGUUGUUCUAUUUGCUGCCGAAAUGGAAAAACACAGUUGGUUAGUACAAUGUGUCGUGAUUGCAAUAAUAUUCCAUUGUGUGUGAUACCAUGUUUUGAAAAAUUCCAUACCAAUCAAACGUAA